CCCCAGAAUUCUUGUGGUCACUCGUUAUAACCAAUUUCAUUCAAAAUAAGGCAAUUACACCGAGGAGAGAGAAAACAAAGCAAACAAACAGAGUUCUAGAGAGAGAAAGUAGAGAGAGAGUCGCGGUGCUCGGCGUUGUCUCAGUUCGACUUGAAUUUCGAAAAUGGCGGUGGAUCAGCAAGUGUUGGGAUCGUUCUUGGCUGCAUGGGUCGGUGUGGUGGUGCUGUACAGCUUGUUUGUGAUGCGAAAUGCCAAGAAGAGAUGUCCAGUAGAGGUCAGGGAGAGCACCACCUCCGCCGCCGUCGUCAACGGAGGAGGUGAAUCGAAUAAAGGCGCCAGAGAUGUCGUCGAUGUCAUCGUCGUCGGAGCCGGCGUCGCCGGUGCGGCUCUCGCUCACACUCUCGGCAAGGAUGGGCGUCGGGUGCGUGUCAUUGAAAGAGACUUGACAGAGCAAGACCGAAUUGUUGGAGAAUUGCUACAACCAGGCGGCUACCUCAAAUUAAUUGAGUUGGGACUGGAAGAUUGCGUGGAGAAAAUUGAUGCUCAACGGGUGUUUGGAUAUGCUCUUUUCAUGGAUGGAAGGAAUACUCGACUUUCUUAUCCGUUGGAAAAAUUUCACUCGGAUGUGUCCGGAAGGAGCUUUCACAAUGGGCGCUUCAUUCAGAGAAUGCGAGAGAAAGCUGCAACCCUUCCCAAUGUUCAAUUGGAGCAAGGUACAGUCACCUCUCUGCUUGAAGAAGAAGGGACCAUCAAAGGUGUGCAAUACAAGACUAAAAAUGGCGAAGAACUGACGGCUUAUGCACCUUUGACCAUUGUAUGUGAUGGCUGUUUUUCAAACUUGCGCCGCUCCCUUUGCACCUCUAAGGUAGAUGUACCCUCUUGUUUCGUUGGCUUGGUGCUAGAGAACUGUGAACUUCCUUAUGAAAAUCAUGGACAUGUUAUCUUGGCAGACCCAUCUCCCAUCUUGUUUUAUCGUAUAAGUAGCACCGAGAUUCGUUGUUUGGUUGAUGUACCUGGUCAAAAGCUGCCUUCCAUUUCUAAUGGUGAAAUGGCCAAGCAUUUGAAAACCAUGGUUGCUCCCCAGAUUCCUCCCCAGCUUUAUGAUGCCUUUAUUGCCGCAAUUGAUAAAGGAAACAUCAGGACGAUGCCAAACAGAAGCAUGCCAGCAGCUCCUCAUCCUACUCCGGGGGCCUUACUGAUGGGGGAUGCAUUCAACAUGCGCCACCCCUUAACUGGUGGAGGAAUGACUGUUGCACUGUCGGAUAUUGUUGUUCUACGCAAUCUUCUUAAGCCUCUGCCUGACCUGAAUGACGCGUCUACUCUUUGCAAAUAUCUUGAAUCCUUUUACACAUUGCGUAAGCCAGUGGCAUCCACGAUAAAUACAUUGGCAGGUGCCCUCUACAAGGUGUUUUGUGCUUCACCUGAUGAAGCAAGGAAGGAAAUGCGCGAGGCAUGCUUUGAUUAUUUAAGUCUUGGAGGUGUUUGCUCGACAGGGCCAGUGUCGUUACUGUCAGGUUUAAACCCUCGCCCGUUGAGCUUGGUUGCCCAUUUCUUCGCUGUGGCAAUAUAUGGGGUUGGCCGCUUGUUAUUACCAUUCCCCUCACCCAAACGAAUUUGGAUAGGAGCCAGAUUGAUUUCGGGUGCAUCAGGAAUAAUCUUUCCUAUUAUCAAGGCAGAAGGAGUAAGGCAAAUGUUCUUCCCUGCAACUGUUCCUGCUUAUUACAGAGUUCCUCCAGUUAAGAAGUGAGGUAGUGAAAUCCAAAUCACAUAAAAAAAAAAAAAAAAUCAGAUCCUCCUCAAUCUUGUAAAAUAUUAGAUACUUGUUCCAAGUUAGGGGGAGGGCAAAUGCUUCCCAAAGAGAUGUGAACUGUCACAUUUUUUUUUUGUAGGUCGUACUUUCCAUGUAUUGAUUAUAUUUGUUUCAUUUUUCCAAAUCGUAAGUAUAUAUAAAAUUUUCUUUCCAUAGUCUUCUA